AUGCCGAUCGUCAUUCCCAACCAGGGCGAGGACAGCCGGCCAGUUCCAAAGCAGGUGCAGUGUUUGGAGAAUGGGACAGAUCUCUUCAAGAUGUUCGAGGCUGAUAUGAACAAGUAUGACGCUUCGCAAGUGCGGAAAGCAUACCAUAAAAUGGCCACAUAUGUGCAUCCUGACAAGCUUGGUCGAGAACCGACGGAUGCUGACCGAGCCCGCUUCACCAAGCUGAAGCAGGCCUACACCGUCCUCAUGGACGAACAGCUGAGAGCAGUGUACAGACAGCACUGCUUCGGCAUCGCGGGCUCGGGCGGUUGCCCUCCGCAAGGCCACGAUGUCGCCUUGAGCAAAGCUCUGGAAAUGGCCCGUGAACUUAGAAAGAUGGGGGAGGAGCGAGCCCUCGUGCUGUACAAGAGCCUGCUGGAGAAGUUGCUGCCGGAGGUGUCUGGGGGCAAGCACAAGAUGGGCUGCGCAGGGGUGCUGGUGACUCCCGCGGUGCUUGACCCAACUAGCGGUCAGACCUGGGACUCCAUUUUGCAGGAGGGGGCGGGGGAGGCGAACCCUUGGCUGAAGACCACCAACCUGGUGGCCAAGCCGGAUCAGCUCAUCAAGCGCCGCGGCAAGGCGGGCCUCAUCGCGGUGAACAAGACCUUCGAUGAGGCGAAGCAGUGGGUGAUGGACCGCAUGUGCAAGGAGCAGAAAGUGGAGCACGUCACUGGACAGCUCACCCACUUCCUGAUCGAGCCUUUUGUGCCCCACAAGCAGGAGCAGGAGCACUACAUCUGCAUGCUGUCCCACCGCUACCACGACGAGAUCCUGUUCUACCACGAGGGCGGGGUGGACGUGGGCGACGUGGACGCCAAGGCGGAGAAGCUGGAGCUGCCCACCGGGGAGGCGAUGACGGAGGCGAAGGUCACGGAGAAGCUGCUGAGCAAGCUGCCGGCGGCCAAGAAGGCGAACAUGGCGUCCUUCAUCGUGAGCCUCUACAAGUUCUACACCGACCUCCACUUCGCGUAUUUGGAGAUCAAUCCCUUGGUGAUGCUGGACGACAACACGGUGAUCCCCCUGGAUAUGGCCGCCAAGAUCGACGAGACGGCCAACUUCCUGGUGGCGCAGAAAUGGGGCGAGCUGGACUGGCCUCCGCCCUUCGGGCGCGCCGCCUACCCGGAGGAGGCGUUGAUCCACGAGAUGGACGGCAGGACGGGCGCCUCGCUGAAGCUGACGAUCUUGAACGAGAAGGGCCGGGUGUGGACCAUGGUGGCCGGGGGGGGCGCCUCGGUGGUCUACGCGGACACGGUGGCGGACUACGGCAUGGGCCACGAGUUGGCCAACUACGGGGAGUACUCGGGGGCGCCCUCCACCGAGGAGACCUUCGUGUAUGCCAAGACCUUGCUGUCUCUGAUGAUGAAGUACAAGCACCCGGACGGCAAGUUCCUGAUCAUCGGCGGCGGCAUCGCCAACUUCACCGAUGUGGCGGCCACCUUCACUGGCCUCAUCAAGGCCUUGCAGGAGUACGCCGAUGACAUCAAGGAGCACAACAUCAAGAUCUUGAUCCGCCGCGCGGGGCCCAACUACCUGGAGGGCCUGAGGAAGGUGAAGACCGCCAGCGACAAGCUGGGCCUCGGCAUCAAGGUCUACGGCCCGGAGACCCACAUCACGGCCAUCAUCCCCAUGGCCCUGGGGCUCAUCGAGCCCUUGCCGGAGCCGGACCUGUCCGCGCCCUGCGGCCCUCCUGUCCGCAAGAUGAUCGACCUCAAGGGCAAGAAGCCAACCCCGAAGGGCCACCCUCCGGCACCUGCAGGCACCAAGCACACUCUGGUGACUGCCACGCCAGACACGACGUCCAUCGUGUACGGCAUGCAGAAUCGUGCAGUGCAAGGCAUGUUGGACUUUGACUUCAUGUGCAAGCGCAAGAAGCCCUCCGUGGAGGCGAUGAUCUUCCCCUUCUCCGGAAAUCACUACGUGAAGUUCUACUGGGGAACAGAGGAGAUCUUGAUGCCGGUGUACACCACCACCAAAGAGGCUGUGCAGAAGCACCCCACCACAUCGGUCUUCGUGAACUUUGCGUCCUUCCGAUCCGUCCACGAGACCACCAUGGAGGCGAUGAACCACUCAAACUUGAAGACCGUGGCCAUCAUUGCGGAGGGCGUGCCGGAGCAGCAGACCAGGGACAUCAUCAAGGUCGCUGAGCAGAAGGGCGUAGGCAUCAUCGGCCCUGCGACGGUGGGGGGCAUCAAGCCGGGCUGCUUGCGGAUCGGCAACACCGGCGGCAUGUUGGACAACAUUGUGAUGUCCCGGCUGUAUCGCCCGGGUUCGGUGGCCUACGUCUCCAAGUCCGGAGGAAUGUCCAACGAGCUCAACAACAUCGUGGCGCGCAACUCCGAUGGCGUCUACGAGGGAGUGGCGAUCGGCGGCGACCGAUAUCCUGGCAGCCGGUUCCUGGACCACUUCCUGCGGUACCAGGACGACGCCAAGGCCAAGAUGCUGCUGCUGUUGGGAGAGGUGGGCGGCACCGAUGAGUACGACCUCAUCGAGGCCAAGAAGAAUGGCCGCAUCACCAAGCCCGUGGUGGCCUGGUGUGUGGGCACCUGCGCCUCCUGCUUCACCACCGAGGUCCAGUUCGGACACGCGGGCGCCCAGGCGCGCGGCGACAUGGAGACUGCUGCUGCAAAGAACAAGGCCAUGAAGGAAGCGGGCUUUUAUGUGCCUGAGUCCUUCGACAAGCUGCCCGACAUGGUCAACCAGGUCUACACCAAACUCGUCGAAGAGGGCGAGAUCGUGGAGACCCCGGAGGGCGAAACCCCCCAGGUGCCUAUGGACUACACCUGGGCGAAGAAGCUGGGCAUGAUCAGGAAGCCUGCCAACUUUAUCUCCUCCAUCUCCGAUGAUCGUGGAGAGGAACUCACCUACUGCGGCAUGUCCAUCUCCGAUGUGUUCACGAAGGACAUUGGCAUCGGCGGCGUGCUGUCCCUGCUGUGGUUCCGGCGCCAGCUGCCCGAGUACUGCACCAAAUUCAUCGAGAUGAUCCUCAUGGUCACCGCUGACCAUGGCCCGGCUGUGAGCGGCGCGCACAACACCAUCGUCACGGCACGUGCAGGAAAGGACCUGGUGUCGUCCCUGUGCAGCGGUCUGCUGACCAUCGGCCCCCGCUUUGGUGGGGCGUUGGACGACGCGGCCAAGAUGUUUGCGGACGCUCAGAGCAGCGGCGUGGCGCCCAAGGACUGGAUCGACAAGAUGAAGAAGAGCAACCAGCUGAUCAUGGGCAUCGGGCACAGGAUCAAGUCCCUGGCGAACCCCGAUCAGCGGGUGGAGAUCAUCAAGGGCUUCGCCAAGAAGAACUUCAAGUCGACCCCCGUCCUCGACUACGCCUUGGCGGUAGAGCAAAUCACCACCAAGAAGAGGGCAAACCUCAUCCUGAACGUGGAUGGCUGCAUCGCUGUGUCCUUUGUGGACAUGAUCCGCUCCUGCGGCGCCUUUUCCAAGGAAGAGUGUGAUGACCUGAUGGCCUUCGGCUGCCUCAACGGUCUCUUCGUGCUAGGCCGAUCCAUUGGCUUCAUUGGCCACUACCUGGAUCAGCUGAGGCUGAAGCAGCCGCUGUACCGUCAUCCUUGGGACGACAUCACCUACAUUCAGGCGGCGGAGGUGGGCUGGUCUGAGGUUCAGAAGGACCAAGAUGGCAGGACGAUGCGGGGUGAUGGCCGGAAACUUGCUCACAAGUUCAACAUUUUCCAAGACAUUUCCUCAGAGGAGGAUGACGGUGAGCUGGACAAGGAGAGACGGGGCCUCACUGUUGAGCAAAUUUUGGAGCGAAGCCCCAAGUACGCGGACAAGUUCCUGGACAAGGUCAAGCCCCUGUUGGUCGAUCCCAAGGUCAGCAAAAGUGCAGCGGGAGGCGCUUUCACCAUGCUUGAGGAGCCGAAGCUCAUGGACAUGCUCAAUGAAAGUGCAAAGUCUGUGCAGCGAAAUGUUCGCAAAUGCCGAACGGCCUUGAAGCAGAUGAACUGGGCCAUGACCUCACUCCUGGCGCACAAGGACAGCCCCUGGCGCGGUCUGGAGGUGAAGGGCUCCCUGGCGGAGCACGGCUGCGUGAAGUUGCUGGAGUUGAUGAAGUCAGGCAUGGCUGUCGGCAAGUUCAGCGAGGUCCAUGAGGAGGAGUUUGCGAAGCUCAUGGACAAUCUGCACAGGCUCUACAUGGACAUUUUCGAGCGGCGUGGUCAGGAGCUCCUGAAGGCUGCAAUUUCAGCAGAGCUGACCGUGAUCUAUUUGCUUCCUGAAAGCGGCGGCCGUCUUCCUGAUGGAUCGCGGGUCCUGCUGCAGGAGCUAGUUGCGAGAGCAGACCUCAACGGCAAAGCUGGCAAGAUCGCCUCAUGGGAUUUUGCGCUGCAGCGCUACACCGUUGAGAUUGAGAAGGAAGAAAAGAAGAAGGAGACGGAAGCUCCGGCCAACCCCGAUAUGUUCGGUCUGGGGGACGUGGAAGAUGAAGAGGAGGACGACGGCGAGAAGAACCAGAUCGAGCUGGCGGUGCCAAAGAAGCUCAUGGUGCUGCCGAAGAAUGUGCUGGUGGAUCUAAACACUCCAAAGAAGGAUUUAGAUAGCCUUGUGAAGGACUGGAAUGUUUGGAGGAAAAGACCGCGGUCUGUGAGCGCGAGUCAGGAUGCCGAAGCGGUGGCAGCGGCGCUGGGCCCUCCCUUGGAGUCCAUGGCAAAUUUCCUGCAGGAUGCUGCGCAAGCAGUGGCCACGGGGAGCGCCACAGGCAAAGAUGGCGCAGAGCUGAUCGCCGACGACACGCGACAGGCGCUGGCAAAUGCGCGUAACCUUGCAGCCAAGCUGCUGGGAGAAGAGCCGCAGGAGCCACCAAAGCCUCCGCCGCUGAACGAGCCUGCUCCAGCGCUUGUCCCGUUCCAGGGCGAGACCGUGUCCCAGGCCUUGAAAGAAGCUGCCGAAGUGGCGCAAGCCAGCAUCGAGCUGAACAAGGAAUUCGUUGGCAGGGUUGCUGGGCUGAUUCGGCUGGGGUUUUUGGUGUAA